CCAGCCUUCCCCCGGGAGGGGGCCAGGCCCCGCAGAACUCGUCCCCUAGCCCCGCGCCCUUCGCCACCCAGAGACCCACCUCGAGAGGACUGGGCCCGCCCGGGACGGAGAGGGGCGCCGGGGCCGCGAGCGCCCUGGCGGACGCUGUUCUCCUCCUCCAGGUGUAGCGCCCCCGCGCGGCGCGGGCGGCUGGGCGUCUCCAGCAUGACGGGCCAGAGCCUGUGGGACGCGUCGGAGGCCGACGUCGAGGACGGAGAGAUCCGCAUCAACGUGGGCGGCUUCAAGAGGAGGCUGCGCUCGCACACGCUGCUGCGCUUCCCCGAGACGCGCCUGGGCCGCCUGCUGCUCUGCCACUCGCGCGAGGCCAUGCUGGAGCUCUGCGACGACUACGACGACGUCCAGCGCGAGUUCUACUUCGACCGCAACCCCGAGCUCUUCCCCUACGUGCUGCAUUUCUACCACACCGGCAAGCUCCACGUCAUGGCCGAGCUGUGCGUCUUCUCCUUCAGCCAGGAGAUCGAGUACUGGGGCAUCAACGAGUUCUUCAUCGACUCCUGCUGCAGCUACAGCUACCACGGCCGCAAAGUGGAGCCCGAGCAGGAGAAGUGGGACGAGCAGAGCGACCAGGAGAGCACCACGUCCUCCUUCGAUGAGAUCCUUGCCUUCUACAACGACGCCUCCAAGUUCGACGGGCAGCCCCUGGGUAACUUCCGCAGGCAGCUGUGGCUGGCGCUGGACAACCCCGGCUACUCGGUCCUGAGCAGGGUCUUCAGCAUCCUGUCCAUCCUGGUGGUGAUGGGGUCCAUCAUCACCAUGUGCCUCAACAGCCUGCCUGACUUCCAAAUCCCUGACAGCCAGGGCAACCCUGGUGAGGACCCCAGGUUCGAAAUCGUGGAGCACUUUGGCAUCGCCUGGUUCACGUUGGAGUUGGUGGCCAGGUUCGCUGUGGCCCCUGACUUCCUCAAGUUCUUCAAGAAUGCCCUAAACCUCAUCGACCUCAUGUCCAUUGUCCCCUUCUACGUCACUCUGGUGGUGAACCUGGUGGUGGAGAGCACACCGACCUUAGCCAACCUGGGCAGGGUGGCCCAGGUCCUGAGGCUGAUGCGGAUCUUCCGCAUCCUAAAGCUGGCCAGACACUCCACUGGCCUCCGCUCCCUGGGGGCCACCUUGAAAUAUAGCUACAAAGAAGUAGGGUUGCUCUUGCUCUACCUCUCCGUGGGCAUUUCCAUCUUCUCAGUGGUGGCCUACACCAUUGAAAAGGAGGAGAACGAAGGCCUUGCCACCAUCCCCGCCUGCUGGUGGUGGGCCACAGUCAGCAUGACCACAGUGGGGUAUGGGGAUGUGGUUCCAGGGACCACGGCAGGGAAGCUGACUGCCUCUGCCUGCAUCUUGGCCGGCAUCCUCGUGGUAGUACUGCCCAUCACCUUGAUCUUCAACAAGUUCUCCCACUUUUAUCGGCGCCAAAAGCAGCUAGAGAGUGCCAUGCGCAGCUGUGACUUUGGAGAUGGAAUGAAGGAGGUCCCUUCGGUCAAUUUAAGGGACUACUAUGCCCAUAAGGUUAAAUCCCUCAUGGCAAGCCUGACAAACAUGAGCAGGAGCUCACCGAGUGAGCUAAGUUUAAAUGAUUCCCUACAUUAGCCAGGAGGACUUGUCAUCCUCCACCCCACAUUGCUGAGCUGUCUCUUGUGCCUCCGGCACAGCUCAGGCACCUUAAGGUUAUGGUGUACGGAGUAUGCCCAGCCCAGAGGGGAGAGAUGCAUGGGAUAUGCGCCCCAGGUUUCUUUUACAGUAUUUAGAAUCAUUUUUAGAGGGUGGUGUGUCUGACACCAUGCCUUUGCACCUUUCCACGAAAUGACACUCACUGGCCUUUGCAUUGUGGGCAUAAAAUGUUCACCUUUUUUUGCCAGAUGAGUACACCCAGAAUGCUAAUUUUUCUGUUUGUUGUAUACACUAUUCUAGUGCUUGUGGCCCAGUACUGUCUGUGAAUUGUUGUGCUCCUGUUUCUGAGGUUGUCAUGUGAGUUCUGUACAAAAAGUCCCUCAAAUCUGUCCAAUGGAAAUGCAUCUAUGAGGUCAGCAAGGAUAUUGAGAGAUUUUGUUCACAGUCAUGUGAAAACAAGAUCUCAGCUCUUUAUCCGUUGCUUUCAUUUAGUUUUAAUACCCAGACAAAGAGAAUGCAAAGCUAAGCACACAUGACCAAUGCAAGUCUGUGAAUAGUUUUUAUAAAUGAGCUGUAGCCCCAUGGCUUGCAUGGGUGCACCAAUCAUCUUUAGAAUGAUGUACACACAUGUUCAUCUCGUAAAUGUCACUCUUUAGAGAAUGUUAUGUAUUAAUCGUGUAAUGAAGACUGAAUUUUUUUCUAAGAACAGUUGCAUUAGUGACAGGGCUUCAGCAAAGCAGUCGAACCCCAGGAUGCUUAAAGUCAAGUCAGCACAGGCUGAGCCCUUUUGUUCAUGGUCAAGCCGCCAUCUUUCCUAGGGUGACCGUAAAGACAUGUAUUUCUGGCUAAGGUUCCUGAUCUAGGCCAUUUGACCAAACUUUGCUGUGUCUUAGAUAUUAGCAUGUUCUGAAAUAUUUAUUUUUAAAGAUGUUUAGGAAUAAGGUCGUGUUGUCUUUCUCAACUAAAAAGAAGUUUACUGUUGUGUCGUCUUCCUGAGGUGAACAUUGUUGGGUUGCUAGCAAGGGCAGUAGUUAAAAUACUUUUGUGGCCUGCUCUGAAAACUCAAAAAUGAGAGCCCUUUUCUUUCCAAGAAGAAUUUACUCAGAUUAUUUGCUUCCAGGAUACAGUAUGUUGUAUACGACGCUAUGAUUACCUGGGAGUUUUUGCCGUGAUAUGGAAACCUGGUGGUAGGGAAGUGUAUACUCAAAAUAUAGAUGUACAUGGAAGUGAUGUGGCUUAUGCAGGAUAGAAAUACUAUAGUUCUUAUUUCUAUUCCAACUGUAUUUUGUUAGGCAAGAGUGGGUAGAGGCCAGGAGAAAGGAAAGAGUCAUAAAACAAAAAACUACGACUUCAUAAAUGUCAUAAAUCACUGUAAACUUCUUGGAAAGCUUAAUGCUAUUCAAAAGAACUUUACACUUCUAAAGUGGUAUUGAAAGGAGACAACUGUUUCCUUCUCCAAAAUGCCUUCUCCCUCUUCUUCAGUUAACCAGCACAUAACAUAAUGAAGGGGAACCUGGGCCCCUGUGUAAGAUAGUUAUUCAUUGUCAUCUUCAAGGUAAUCUGAUGAUUUUCCAGGUGGCUUUCAUUAUGAUGCGGUCUUUGGAAACACUGUAGAAUCCAGGGGUCUGAACAUGGAGUUAGCCAGGUGUUUUAUCCAAAGCUUGGGCUUCCCCUUAAGAGGUCCAUGUUGCGUUUUAGUUGAUUGAGGAUAAUACAUACCUCCCAGAGGUGUGGUGAGAAUCUUUUCAGAGGGCUUUGUGUACUUGUCGUUGCCAUGACUACUACAGCGUGGGUGAUUUGUGGAUGAAUGCACUGGCCACUUAUGUCCUUGGGUCCUCGGUUCAAGUCCUUCCAUCAGACUGGAGUCUCAUGGGGGACAGGGGGGUGGCCGCCUUCUAGUGUCUACAUCUGUUUCUCAGAAGCAUCAGAAAAGGUGAGAGAUAACUUAGUGGUAACCAACCACUGCAUCAGAGGAGCAGAGUUAUUUUUAAGAAUUUUCACAUGGAACACUUGGCUUUGGCUGAUGUUUCCAGCACCGGAAGGCAUAAAAUUUACAAAAUCAUCCCCAGCUGUACUGAAGGCAGGUGAUGGUACAAACUUAUCAGGACUGUUCAAGUUGCCAAGGCUGAGGAUAUUGGAUCACUGAGCGUGGUAUCCGUAGUCACUGACCAUGAAACUUGUGCAAAGUGGAAACGAGGAAGGAGACAGAAUAACUCAGUCACUCUUAUGAGAAAAUACUAAACAAGAAGGUUUACCAUAAAAAAAGAGGUACCCUAGUGGUUACCCUUUACAGAUGUGAAUGCAGGAAAACUUGACUUUUCUUUUUGGUAAUGACUUGCAUUUAUCUGGUGCCUUUCAUUGAAGGAAUCCCAAAGUGCUUUAGAAACUAUCUUUUUAAGAUCUCUUGUACAUAAUAUAAAUACUUGUAUAAAAUAUGACUUUGCCCACCUAGACCUGCAGUCACUUCUGAGCAUGAGAAUGUCUCAGUGGCAUUGAGUUUUCUAAGGAGUGGUUUUAGAUAAGUGGGAGAGAAAACAACCCAGCUGACGUUAACACUGGAGUUAAUUCCCACGAAAGAUGACUGAACUAUGACCCAUCCAUCAGGUGGAAGAAAAGAGAAAUAAUCUUCCUUUCUUCCAAAGUCCCACUGAGGUAUGAAGUUCACAAGGGCUCUGGAAUGGGUCUUUGAUUGACCUUGCUAGAAAACAUCAGACAUAGCAGUAGCUGAUUCCUUAGUCCCUGGAGCUAACCAGGGAAGUCAGAUUAAUUUUCUGUCUGUUCUUGGAGCCAAGCCUAUAAGUGUGAGGUGGUAUCUUUGGCCACCAGGCUGUGAGACUGACCCGUAAGCUUCCUUUAGGGGGACACAGUAGAAACUGGAGGUCACUUACUUCCAACUGUCAUCUUGAGAGUAGCUUCACUCCCAGUAUUUGAAGGCUGUUAUUUUUAAUGCCAUUGGGACAGAUAUAUGAGCCAGGCUUUGGAAUCUGUGAGGAGCAUUUUGGAAGUGCUGGGUUGGGAAAUGACACACGUCUGUUGCACAAAUGCAUACGGUUAUAGGUUUGUGUUUUCCACCAAACCCCCUUAUUUCCUGGGUUUGUUCUUGAGAGGGGCAUGUUGUAAUGCCGAGCUGAUUUGUAGCUCAUAAGGUAGUAAUUGGUAUUUAACACUUGGACUUGUUAUUUCUGCCUAUCUUAGCACUCAAAUAAUUGAACUGCCUGUUAAUUCUUGCCUCAUUUCAAAGAAAAUAAGUCGUUAUGCACUUUGGGAUAGCGUUGAUCUGUACAGGUUGUGUGUUAUCUACUUGAAGGCUUAACUGGUAUUUCUUGUAUGUUUUAACAGCAUGACUUGUUACAGAGUUGUAAUUUUAAAAAUUGAGAACGCUGUAUUUGCGAUGUCAGUUUUAAUGCUCAUUAACACACUACUGUGCAAGCGUUGA